AUGCAGCAGCGCACGCUCCGUCGCGCGAUUCGCCUCUCGGGCACGGGUCUGCACUUGGGCGAGAUGGCGAAGAUUGUAUUGCACCCGGCGCCAGCGCACACGGGCAUCCGGUUUCAAGACGCCGUCGCGCCGACCAAGGCCGUGGCCGCGACGUACAAGCACGUCCAGCGCGACACGCUUGGCUUUUGCACGCGGCUGCACGAUGCUUCGUCUGGCUACGCGAUCGCUACGGUCGAGCAUGUGCUGGCCGCGCUGAGCGCCGCGCGCAUUCACAACUGCAUUGUCGAGACGUCCGGGCCCGAGCUGCCGGUCUUUGACGGUAGCAGCCAGCCGAUCCUCGCGGCGAUUGCCGCCGUCGGGCCCGAAGAGCAGGCGGCAUUGCAGCCCUUCAUCGAGGUGCUGCGCCCCGUCUCGGUGGUGCACAAGGACAAGGCAGCGCACCUCGUGCCCCGGCCUCUCGCGUCUGCGCCCGAGCUCGUCGUCUCGGUCGAGGUGGACUUUCGACACAAGGGAUUGCCGCGGAAUUGGCUGAGUGUGCCACUUGACGAGUUUGAUGCGAUCGCGAGCGCCCGCACCUUUACGUUUCGCGACGACAUUGCGCAGCUGCAGAAGAUGGACUUGGCGCGCGGUGGCAGCUUGGACAAUGCCGUCGUCUUUGAUGAGGGCACACCGCUCAACCCCGACGGCUUGCGACACCCCAUCGAGUGGGUCCAGCACAAGGCGCUCGACUGCUUUGGCGACUUGGCGCUGGCAGGCAUGCCGCUGCAUGGCCACUACACUGGCAUUUGCCCUGGCCAUGCACUCACGCACGAGUUGCUACUGGCGCUCUUCGCCUCCAGCGACAACUACCGCGUCGUCGUUCAUAAGGACAAUUAAGCACACCAACCGGUCGUGUCAAAUGGAUCGCAACAGGC